AUGGCGACGACGAAGCGGCCGGGGGGCGAUGGGACCGAGGAGGAUAGGCGCACGCGGCGGCGCCGGGUGGCGGAGGAGGAGGUCACCGACGACGAGGUCGAGGAGUUCUUCGCCAUCCUUCGCCGAAUGCGGGAGGCGGCCAGAUUCUUCGCCGCGAGGAGCGGCGGCGAGGCGAAGGGGGAGAGGGAGAGGCAGCGGGCGUGGAGGUGGCGGCCGGCGUUCGAGAGGGAGGACUUCGAGGAGUCGGGCGGCGCCGUCGAUGAUGCCGGGAGGAGGAGGAGGAGCAGGAGGAGGGGCGUGGACGCGACGACGGAGACCAGUGGCGGGAGAGGAAGAUCGAGGGAGGUGACCGCGAAGGACGAGGUGGAGGAUGCGGUGGCGGAGAACGGGAACCCAGGUCUGUUCCUCGAUCUGAACGCCGAGCCCGCCCACGAAGAAUGA